AUGAUUCCCCUCGAGACCGCCCCGUACGACUGGAUCCUGGCCUUGACUUCUAUUGCCUUCGUCUUCAGCGCCUUCGGUAACGGUGCCAACGAUGUCGCCAACUCCUACGCUACCUCCGUCGCUGCUCGGACGCUGAAAAUGUGGCAUGUCGGUAUCCUGGCCAUGAUCACGGAGUUCGUCGGUGCCGUAGCGCUCGGCAGCCGUGUCACCGAUACCAUCAAGUCCGGCAUCAUCGAGCCCGAUCGGUUCAUGGGCAAGCCCGGCACUUUCAUGCUGGCCAUGGGAUGUGCCGAGGUGGGUAGUGCCUUCUGGUUGAUGUUUGCCACUGCCCGUGGAUGGCCGGUGUCGACCACUCAGACCGUCGUCGGUGCGCUGGUCGGUGUCGGCUUCGCUUCCCAGGCUGAAAUCACCUGGGAGUGGAAGAGCGGCAGUGUCUCUCAGAUUGCUGCAUCCUGGGGUAUUGCUCCCGCCAUCGCCUGUGCCUUCUCGGCCCUUAUCUUCGGCAUCCUCAAAUACACCGUCCUUGAACGCCAGGAUUCAUUCAAGUGGGCCAUGCGCCUCAUUCCCGUCUACCUCUCCUUCACCGGUGCUAUCCUGGCGUUGUUUAUCGUCGUCGAAGCCCCUACUGCUCCCUCCCUUGAAGCAUUCGGCGCUGGCAAAGCCGUGGGUAUUAUCCUCGGUGUCCUGGCUGGUUGUCUUGUCGUUUCCUAUGCUUUCUUCAUGCCUUACUUCCACCGUCGACUGGUCAAGGAAGAUGCACGACUCCGAUUCUACCACCUCCCUCUUGGUCCCUGGCUACUCAAGGACAACUGCCCUCUAUACUUCCCUGGCACCGGCGAAAACUUCGUCAUCAACUACUACGAGGAUGCCUACGGGGAGACUCGUGCCGGCCAGAAAGACGCUGAGAAAAAAGACGGCGCCGCUGACGGCAAAACCAUCAACACCGACAUCGAACAGCGUGCCACCACCUCCCCCGAAAUCCAGCCCAAGAAGCCCAUCAUCGGCCCCCACGAGCGCUUCCUCCAGCCGGUCGAACAUCUCAGCUGGUUCAACCCCAUCAAGUACUGGGGCUGGAUCAAGUUCAUCUUUCUACAGGGUGUCACCCGCGACGUCAUCACUCACGACUCGGAUCACCUUCGUGCUAUCCAUGCCCGCGCACACCGUUACGACGACCGCGUCGAACACCUCUGGACAUACUGCCAAGUUGUGUCGGCUAUCAUGAUGUCCAUCGCGCACGGCUCCAACGACGUGGCGAACGCCGUGGGUCCCUGGGCCGGUUCCUACGCGACCUACCUCUCCGGUAGCGUGAACACCGAGUCCGAAACCCCCAUCUGGUUCCUGGUCAUUGCCGGUGUACUGCUCGGCGCUGGUUUCUGGUUCUACGGAUACCAUAUCAUGCGAUCGCUCGGUAACAAGCUCACCCAGAUGUCUCCGAGCCGUGGUUUCGCGACCGAGCUGGGUGCCGCCAUCACGGUGCUCCUUGCCUCGCGUCUCGGUCUGCCCGUCUCGACGACCCAGUGUCUGACUGGCGCUGCGACCGGGGUCGCUCUGAUGAAUUACGAUCUUGGUGCGGUGAACUGGCGCCAGCUUGCGUUUAUCUUCUGCGGUUGGGUCUUGACUCUUCCGUCGGCUGGCUUGGUCGCUGGGUUGAUUUGUCUGAUGGCGCUGAACACGCCACAUUUUUAA